AUGUCUGCCACCGAACCGGCAGCCGGUGUGGCCUCCGACGGCUUUGACCGGCGGCGCGAGCUGCAAGCGUUCGACGACACCAAGGCGGGCGUGAAGGGGCUCGUCGACGCCGGCGUCACGGCCAUCCGGGCCAUCUUCCGCCACGCCCCAGACUCCCUGGAGGCGACCUCAUCCCCACCGUCCACCGACGUAGCCGCCGGCACCAUCCCGAUCAUCGACCUCGCGGCUGCAGCACCGCGGGGAGAGGUGGCCGCCCGGGUGAAGCGCGCGGCCGAGACCGUGGGGUUCUUCCAGGUGACCAACCAUGGCGUGCCGCGGGAGCUCAUGGCCGGCGUGCUCGCCGGGGUGAGGCGGUUCAACGAGCAGCCAGCGGAGGUGAAACGGCGCUUCUACACCAGGGACACCGCGCACAAGGUGAGGUUCAGCUCCAAUUACGACCUCUUCCAGUCGGCGGCCGCCAAUUGGCGCGACACCCUCUUCUGCGAGCUGGCGCCGGACCCGCCGCGGCCUGAGGAGCUGCCCGAGGCUGUAAGGUACGUGAUGCUGGAGUACGGCGACGCGGCGACGAAGCUGGCGCUGUGGGUGUUGGAGCUGCUGUCGGAGUCGCUCGGGCUGGCCAGCGACCACCUGCGCGAGAUGGGCUGCGCGCACAGCCUGAACGUGGCGAGCCACUACUACCCGCCGUGCCCGGAGCCGCACCUCACCCUCGGCACCAGCAGGCACGCCGACGCCACCUUCGUCACCGUCCUCCUGCAGGACGGCAUGGGCGGCCUGCAGGUGCUCCUCGACCGCAGGGGCUGGGUGGACGUCCCUCCCCUGCCCGGCGCUCUGAUCGUCAACAUCGGCGACUUUCUUCAGGCAUCCACUCUCUGCACAUCGUCUGCGUCUCCAUUUUGCCCGGAACUUGUACAUGUAAUGUAA